AUGAGAGAUAAAACAAAUAAAAUAUCGGUGACAGAUGUGAUACUAACACCGCCACUCGCCGUAAAUAAUUUAAUUCCUAUGACAAACGCUAAGGCAUCUGGGUGUAUUCACUUUGAUGCAAGGACUAAGACAGUUAUGGCAGGAGCAUCCCAGCAAAGCAUUAAGGAAAAGGUACAAGCGGUAAGGGAGGUGGUACCAGGGAAAGGCAACAACGAGGUUCACAUGGUCCUGCAGUAUUAUGAUUACAGUGUUGAAACAGCAAUACAAGCAUAUCUGGAAGAUGGUGCUAAAGAGGCUUUAGGAGAGUGGAACCUCACAGGAUCCAAGCAGCCUAAUAAAAGACGCAAGAAUAAAAAGAAAGCUACUGGAGACAAAGUCAUUGAGAAGCCAGCAUCUUCUUUGUUAUCUACGAACAUAAGUGAGAAAGAUGUACCAUCUGCUCAUGGAAUUUCACAUUUGCCUAAUGGAGAUGUUUCUAAAGUUAUAGCUGAACCAAACACUGAGACCGCCACCAUCAGUAAGCCGUUACCCGCACACACAGUGGAGGUUUUUGACUCUGGACCUUCACACGUCCCACCUCCAGCAUCACUUGUACUAACAGCUGGGGUGGCGGCAGCUCUAUCAUCUGAACCUCUACCACAGCGACAGCCACACAACAGGGGCAGAAGAAGUGGGGAUGCACACCACUCUCAGCAAGAGCACCGUCUUAUCUCCAGUGGUGAGAGGCCAGCACAUGAAAGCAGCAGCAGCGGUGGGGGAGAAGGACAUCGAGGCAAACCACAGCAAGGCCUAGAGAAAGCCAUCAAAGAUCUUCAUAGGCAGACAACAUCACUGGAGCGCCUGCGACAUUUACUGGAUCAUGAAAUUGACCGAUCGUUCAAGAGUGUGAAAUCAGUGUUUGAGGAAUUACGCCAGGGACUGAAUGACAGGGAGUCCCAGCUUAUGGCAGAAAUGAAUGUCUUAAAGCAGGAAGCCUCGGAAAUGUUGGUAAUGAGGCAAAACAAGGCUGCAGAUUUCAGAAAACAAGUGGACCGGUCAGAUAGGCUCAGGGACACAGACAUAUCUGUGCUCAAGGCAGAGAUAAAGCAUUUUGUCAGUGAGAGAAGGCAUGAUGAUGAUCUUGGUAGAACGACACGGUUUUUGUAUGACUCUGAUCGCCUGCUGGAUGAAAUCAAGAAGUUUGGACAAGUUGUUCAUGUCAAGUCUUUGUACACAGCCAAUAGUAGAUCCACAUCAUCAGUUGACAGCUGUGGAAAUAAACAAG